UGUUUAUCUUUGUUCGUGAAAAACCAAGGAAGGAAAGAAAGAAAGAAAGCAAGAAAGCAAGAAAGAAGUGUUUCGGCAACUAUGACUAACUACGGCACAAUCCCAACUUCCUCUUCACCUUCCACCAACCUCGAGUUUAUCUCACGCGCCAAGCAGCGGGUCAAGGAGGGUCUCGCCACGCGCCGUCCAUGGAAGAUCAUGUUCAACUUCCGCUCCUUCGCCCUUCCGGCCGGUUUCUCCGACGCCGUGAGGCGCGUGCGGGAGAACGUCGGCUACUUCCAGAUGAACUACGCCAUCGUGGUGCUCAUAGUGCUCUUCCUCAGUCUCCUCUGGCAUCCAAUAUCGCUGAUCGUGUUCGUGGUGCUCGUGGCGGCGUGGCUCUUCCUUUACUUCCUCCGCGACGAGCCGCUCGUCGUGCUCGGCCGGAUGAUCAGCGACCGCGUCGUGCUCGUCGUCAUGGCGGUGCUGACCAUCGCCCUCCUCCUCCUCACCGGUGCCGUCUCCAACAUCCUGGUGGCACUCCUCAUCGGAGUGGUCUUGGUGGUGGCGCACGCCGCCUUCAGAAGAACCGAUGAUUUGUUCUACGACGAAGAAGAGGCCACUGCUCGCUUCGUUCCUCCUCCUCCUAAUCCUCAUCCCGGUGCUCCUCUUUCUUGAUCCCCAAUCUUCUCUUUCCCUUUCGUGUUUUUCUCUUCUCUGAAUUUUUUUAUUUCGUCAAUUCGGUAAAUAAUUUUAGAUUCCGUUCAGCUUCUUCCGUCUCUUUCAGUUUUAUGCUUCAUUUUUUGUUGCCUUUUUGAAUGGGAAGUUUGGAAUUUGUGUAGCUAAAGAUGUUGAGUGCUCUCGAUGAACUGAAAUUCAUUGUUUUCGUUUAAUUUAGUUUAAUAUAAAUUUUAUCCCUUCUGUGA